AUGACAUUUCAUUGCGUAUCUGGACGCAAUCCAGUUGAGGUGCUCAACUCUCUGCAAAAUUCUGUGUUGGUGAUACCGAGUGUUUCCAUAGGCAACAUCCCCCAGCUGUCGAUUGAUCUACUGAUCCACAAUUGCGAGCUCAAAUCCGUUGGAUAUCUGGACGACUCCUCGUUAUAUCCUUUUGUAUCAGCCGUUGAUUAUGUGGAGUCUAAGUUGGCACCCGUCGCAGGGCUUUCUACAGCUUUGGAGGUAUACUUCAGCGAGUCCUUGAAGCUCACUGUGAUUCAACAGCGUUCUCCUAUAUUGCCCAAUUGCAGUGGCCAGUUUUUGAAGACUCUGAUCAUUCCAUUCAUCUACAGUGUCGGGUUCUCCGAACUGAUGGUUGUGCACUCCAAAGACGCCGGUUUGAAAGGAGAUGCCACCACCUCCAACAAGUUUGAAACCUGGUCAAACAGCCUUACUUCAAGACUAGGAUUCCUGAAUAUUGACGAUAAGUCCAACAUUAGUGUUGUGAAUUCGCCAGGCGAUAUUUCUAAGUUUUCCAACGCUUUGGUGACGCUUUUGGAGGACCCUGGCCAGAAGAGCUUAGGAACUCUGAAGCCUACAGAGAGUGAAGUGGACGUUUCCAAUUUGCUCAGAGCCAAGUUUCCAAACUCGUUACCGAUGUCAGGUGAUGAGUCGAUUUCUUCCAAACUGGGCGCGGGAACUGACGCUACUAUUCCUACCACCUUGGUAUCUGAGUUCGUGUAUGAGGGAGACAACUUUGGAGAUGCAGAAGAGUUGACCAAUAAGAUUGCGGCACUUUUGGAGAUAGACACGAGACGUACAUGGUUGAGGCCGAAAUCCUGGUCUGGGGUUUAUGGAGACAGGCCUAUUCCUGUAGGUUCUGACUUGGGUAUCUAUAGUUAG